AUGGGUGUGCGCGGGCUAUGGGAGGUACUGCAACCUGCGUCGACAGUCGAGACAAUGGAAGACUAUUUCAUACACGAGGGAUUUGAACACAGUCGGCGAGGAGAGCGGCUCUAUAGGCUCGGUGUAGACGCAAGCAUCUGGUUCCAUCAGAUACAGAACACCUUCGCCAUCGGACAUGCCCAGUCAGGUGAAAAUCCUGAACUGCGCACCCUUUUCUUCCGGCUGGCUCGCCUCCUCCGUCUGCCCGUGCAUGCGAUAUUCGUUUUCGAUGGACCAGAUCGACCAGCCAUGAAACGAGGACGACGGGUUGUACCGACAGGUCAUUGGAUGGUCGGCGCGAUGAAAUGCUUCAUUGAGGCGUUCGGAUAUGGUUACUGGCAUGCUCCUGGUGAAGCCGAAGCUGAACUUGCGCUACUCAAUCAGCUCGGAUUGAUCGACGGAGUCCUGACAGAUGACAGUGACGUGUUCCUCUUUGGAGCGCGAACUGUCAUUCGCAACUAUGAAGCCAAGGCGAAGAUGCUCACCGUCACCCAUGCCUUCUCGGUCUCGACGCACGAGAGCGUGUUGCUUAGCCGUUCGGGGAUGAUACUGAUGGCAUUGCUGAUGGGAGGUGACUAUGACGAGGGUGGUUUGCCAGGCUUCGGGCCACGAGUUGCUCGUGGCUUAGCACAAUAUCAAUUCGGCGAAGCCUUGUGUCGGGCGGUCCGCGAGCUACAUGCUGAUGCACUGCCCGACUUCUUGUCUGGCUGGCGCAAUGAUCUGCGACGCACGUUGUGCACUGAUGACCAGAAACAGCUUGGACGACACUACCGCAACCUGUCAAAACAAGUCCCAGAUUCCUUCCCCAACAUUGACAUCGUCGACUUGUACGUCAAUCCCGUGACAUCACCGCCUGAAGAUUUCGAAUUGGUUCCCCCCCAACCGCCUGACAUCGCGAGGCUUGGCCUUUUGUGCGAGCGUUAUUUCUCGUGGGGAACAGCUCCGGGGAUCAUCGAGCGUUUCGGCAACUGCAUACUACCGGGUGUGGUGGUACGCCUCCUU